AUGCAGGAGGAUUUGAAAAGAAGAAAGACUCAAUAUAUAAAAGAGGCUCAAAGUGCUGCAGAAAAGUAUAUAGAAGAACCUCGCCAUCAAAGACCAAAGAAAGGAAGCAAGAAGCAACUUGAUUUUGACGUUGAAAAUGAAAUGGAAGAUGACAAUACAGUGAUUGGGGAAAUGAACCGUGAAACACCUGUGGAUGAAGACAUGACAACGAACAGUGAACACAAUAAUUGUAGUGAAAUGGAAGAUGAAAAAAUAGAAGGAGAAAUAAUGAUGGAGUGCUCGGACAAUAUAAGACAAACGAUUGAAAAGGAAGUUUAUGAGAAGUCUAAAGCCCCAAAUGGGGAUUACAUAGUAAUAGCAAAGGAAAUGAAAUCAGAAAUAUGCUCGAAGACUGGAACAACUGGAAAAAAAAUGAUAACUUAG